AUGCGAACGCUACUCGCUCUCGCGCUUCUCAGUGCUCAGGCGGUCAGCCAGAAUGGCCACAAUGAUGUCUGGUUCAUCUACCCAACCGAAGGCCACACGUAUCAACACAUGGACACGAUCAACGUCACAUAUGAAAGCCCAUUUCCAACCCCAACGCUAUUCGGCUGGUGCGAUGGAGGCGGCCGCAACUUUUACGACCAGCGGGUGCCAGGAUACAACGCUUCAGUUGCUGUUGUGCUCAACUUCACCUCUGGCACACCAUGUUGGUUCAACCUUAGGCCAGGAAGAGUAGCUGGAUUUGGCGCCAACAGCCCAUCUUUCAAUCUCCUCGGCGUCGAACGGCCUUCUGGAGGCAUCGUUCACGGACCCGACACGUCUGAAUCCGACCGCACCCCGCCAGAGUCCCCAACCACAUCCGCAACCACAUCCCCAACACCGACGACCGCGGCUCCUACGGAAAGCCAUGUCCUGGAUGACAGUAACGUCAGUCCCGGCGAGCAACAUGAACCUACACCAACAACAACCCCAAAUCCAGAACCGCCCGACGAGAAAUUCCGCGGGGAUGGCGGCGGGCUAGGUGGUGGGCAAUCAGCAGGCAUCGUUGUCGGCGCCAUUGUCGGCGUCCUUGCCAUCGCCGCCGGCUUGUUCUUUUGGUGGAAGAGGAGGUCCAGAGGGGCAGACUCGGGAGAGCAAAUACCGCAGCAUGAUGGCUCUCACCACAGUCACUGCCAACAUCACAGCGGCCAGGCCCUUUCAUGGCAACACGAAGCGGGAGCAGCAAGUCCAUGGAGCCAAAGCCCCGCAACCUACGUAAAUGGUCACCAAUACAACGGAGCGUGCACAUGUAUGUGUCCCACGCGCGGGCAACCCCAAGUCAAACGGUGGCCGGUAGAAGUGAGCAGCACGAAUUCACCAUCGGAGCUCUCGUCAUCAGAUCCUGCGUGGGCGGCGAAACCAAAAUACGAAAUGCCGGCUUGA